AUGUCUCCUCAGAUCAAAACUCAUCUCUUGCCGAAGCAAGAACCGUCGUCUGAGAAGCAUGGAUCUACCUCCGGCGUCGUUUUCAACGUCUCGACGAGCAUAAUCGGAGCCGGUAUAAUGUCGAUGCCGGCGGCGUUUAAGGUUCUCGGAGUCAUCCCGGCGUUUUUGAUCAUCACGAUCAUAGCUUGGCUCUCUACAAUCUCUGUUGGAUUUCUGAUGAAAUCUACCCUCGCCGGAGAAUCGACUACUUACGCCGGAGUCAUGAAAGAGUCGUUCGGGAAAACAGGAUCCGUCGCUGUACAGAUUGCUACAAUGGUUGCCACUUUUGGUUGUAUGGUUAUCUUCUCGAUUAUCAUAGGAGAUGUUCUCUCGGGUAAUGAAAAUGGAGGAUCUGAACAUUUUGGAGUUUUGCAAGAAUGGUUUGGUUCUCAUUGGUGGAACACGAGGAUCUUCGCUUUGUUGUUCAUCUACGGCUUCGUCUUGCUUCCAUUGGUCUUGUGCAGGCGUGUGGAGAGACUGGCAUUUAGUUCUGCGGUAUCGUUUCUGCUUGCGGUGCUAUUUGUGGUAAUAAGCUCGGUGCUGGCGAUUUCCGCGUUGAUGAAAGGGGAAACGAAGAAUCCAAGACUGUUCCCAGAGCUGAACAAUGGAGGAUCUUUCUGGAAUCUCUUCACAGCUUCCCCUGUUAUAGUUACAGCCUUCACGUUUCAUUUCAAUGGCAAGAACCCAUCUCUUAUUCAUCCAAUUGGGUUCGAGCUCAAGGAUCCAUUACAUGUGAUCCCAGCAACUAAGAUCUCUGUCAUCUUGUGCGCUGCGAUCUACUUCGCCACUGGACUCUUCGGGUAUCUCCUUUUCGGAGACGCAACAAUGUCGGAUAUUCUAGUGAACUUUGACCAGAGCUCUGGUUCCUCCAUUGGUUCUCUUCUCAAUGACAUCGUCAGACUCAGCUACGCGCUUCACCUCAUGCUGGUCUUUCCACUCAUGAACUUCUCACUGAGAGCAAACCUGGACGAGCUCUUGUUCCCCGUGAAGCCGUCCUUGGCCAAAGACUCGAAAAGAUUCGUCGGACUCACUCUGGCUCUACUGAUCUGCUGUUUCUUGUCUGCAAUCGCUGUGCCAGACAUUUGGUACUUCUUUCAGUUCUUGGGAUCAACCACCACAGUUUCCAUAGCAUUCAUAUUUCCAGCCGCCAUUGUUUUAAGGAAUGUCCAUGGUGUAUCGACUUCAAGAGAGAAGAUGGUAGCUGCAAUAAUGCUUGUUCUUGCUGUUGCCACUAGCAUCAUCGCUAUAUCGACGAAUUUGUACAGCCUCACAGCAAACUGA